AUGAACGCAUCGUCAGAAGAGGAGGAAAUAUACAAACGUGUAAGAACAGCAAAGAAACACGAUGAUCUCGACAACCUGUUCGAGGAGAAGAGCGAGACGCCCUCUAAUGUUUAUGACGAGGCUGAGCCCGCCAAUCUGGAGGAAAUUUUCGGUACAGGGCACGAAUACGACUAUAUAUACGAAGUGGAGGAGAAAGAAGAGCGCGCUGUUGAAGACAAACACGAGAAAGCGUAUGUUGCAUACAGCGAUGUUCUGCGCUACGCUAAAAACAAUGGAAUCCACAACACGGAGAUUAUCAAGAAGCUGUAUGACGGAUAUGAUGUGAAUUUCAUAGCUUUGCACUGUAUUAACACUUUUGAGGGCGAAAGCGGGGAAAAGAUGAGCAUUUACGAUAUAUACAGGACCAAGAGGGUGAUUGACAAUUUUACAGCGUUUUACAGGCUUAAACAGAUGGUUCAGGGCGUGUUUAGCAAUAGAAUAUGGACGGUAGACGGGAUUAGACAGCUUCUUAUGUACGAAAAGUAUGAGGAUGCGUGUCUGAAAGGGGUGCUGCGCACCGACGACUUCGCUGAAAAUCUGUUUUUUGAGGAUAAGGUGAGCGUGCCCGAAGCAGAUGAGGAAGACAGCGAUGCUUUAAACGAUUUAUUGAGGGAACAUAGCGCGGAAAAGGAUGCCAAAGACUUCUCAGCUGCGAAGGAUAGUGUGUUUGCACGUUGCGAUCGCGAAGAGAACACUGUGGAUGAAAGACGACACGUGCAGCUCGCGGAUAAAGAACCUAUCAAUACGAGCGGUAGGGCUGUACUGAGGGAAAAGAUAAGAAAUUACGUCUUAAAGAUGAGCAAGCACCCGUACUUGAGCACCUACGCUAAAAAAUACUUUGACAGCAGCACGUUGCGCAACAAGCUGUACUACUACUUCGGAGUGAGCACCGAUGGCGAGCCUACAAGAAAUGACAGGCUGAGAAAGAUGAUAAUAAACCAGGUUGUGGCACUGAUGGACGACAGCAAAGAAGAAGCUCGUGAGCGGAGUCAUCCUACAUUUACAGCUAUCCUGGAUGUGAUUCUGAAUACGGGAGUUAGAAGACCAACGGAGAACGAUACGUAUCUGUGUAUGACAGAGGAUAAAGGCCAUGCAAAGAUUGUGGUAAUGAAUUUCUUAGGGAAUAUGAUCAAAAAGCUGAGCGUUAGAAACACAGAAGAGAAGAUUAAAGGUGUGAUCAGGGAUGUGAGACCUAAAUACAUUUUUAUUACCGGGUGUAAAACCGUUCUGCGGUUCUUUUACUCAAGUGUGAUCGAAUGGACGGGCAAGUUGAAGGAAGUUGAGGGGAUUGGCAGCAGGGUCAUGUACGCAGACCCGUUCUAUCCCGUUUACAGUCGAGUUCGGAGCACAGAUGGAGGUAAAGGAGGGAACGAAAAUGACCAGAACGGAAAAUGCAUAGAACGUGCUGGUAGUUAUGGUCUUGACAAGGAUGUCGCUGCUGUAGGCACCCCUUUGAAUGGCCAAGAUUCUGUUGAAGACGUGUUUAGUCUUCUGUUGCAUGUUGGAAGGCGCUGUCUGUACCCAGAAAUUGAGCUGAUGCACAUGGUCGGUAAGAAGACGCUCCCAUAUUUUGUAAAAGAUCGUUCUCUAGGCUCGUUUAGUGCGGCCCGUCGUGCACUCACUCUCGGCUUUGGUAUCGUGGGCAUAGACCUGAAUUACCUGGUAAAGUGUGACAGGGCACGCAUCAUUUCCAAGUUCGUUCCAUUUUUUAACACGGAUGUGAUGCGUUCGCUUGUUGAGCUAGGCUUCGUCAGCAGGUUAGAAAUACUCAGAGAAAACCUGUGCAAGUCUGUUGAGAUGGAAACGUAUGAUGAGACAUUCAUUUGCUUCAACAAGAUAGAAAACGAGGUGCUGUUAAACAACGUGUGCACAUAUCUGAGGGUGUACCACGAUACGUUCAACAUCACGGAUCGAUUUGAUCGACUGGACGAGUUGCUCGUCCAUCCCGUGAACUACCGCUGUGCUCGUCUGAUCUGCGCUGCUGCAAUGGGCAGAGAUGAGGUGGACGAGGAUAACAACAACAAUUUUGUCAUAGCGCUGCUCAACGAUAAAGGCGCGCCUGGCGAACUUAAUAUGAAGAAGCUGAGACAGGAGAAAGACUCUUUUGAUGUUUUGAAUGUGAUGAUGUAUGAAAGGAGGGAGUUUAAAGGGCUGUGUGACAGCAAGGUGUUUGAAAUGCUGGUGGGUGAGUAUGAUGACCACGGAGUGUACGUGGGCAGUGUUAUCAAGGUGUGCGAUAGGUACCUGAUCGUGCGGGUGUGUGAUAAUUGGUGCGUGGCGGUGCGGAGAGACGGUGGGUGCUAUGCAAACCCUGGCGAUGAUCAAACGGUUGUGGCCAGGGAGUACUUCGAGAAUGACGAGGUAAAAGUUCGGAUUAAGGAGAAGAACAUUUUGGGCCUCAGCUUCAGGGGAGAAAUAGCCAACGAGACUCAAUUUUUCCUUCAAAACCAUCCGCUGUAUGUGAAUUGCACGGCACGAGCAGCAGAAAGCAUUCUUCGUCAGAGAAGACAGCUGCUCCUGCUGCGAAAGAGCGGCACAAAGCCGUACGGUGUUAUAACACUCCAAAUAACGGAUGAAAUCUUUGUGCACUACAAGAUCGAGAAAGAUAAUGGCGGUGUGAUCUUCAAUAACAGACAAUAUGAAAACGUGGACCAUGUCAUUUACUGCUAUUUUAGGGAAAUGGUGAAGCUCCUCACCGAAAUCAAAAAUGACAGGGAUUACGGCGAGAUCAUGCGAUUCAGUAAAAAACGUCCGGGGUACUUAGAAAUCGGCGAUGAGUGUGUUUGUGUUGGCAGCGUGUUGCGGAGGGGUGGCGAGAUGUUUGGAAGCGUUGGCGAGCUGAAAGAGCGACUUGGUGUGCGCAGUUGA